AUGGCAACUCCAUCAAAAUCUACAAAAAUUUUAAAAAACAAAGAAAUUAAGAUCAUUGAAGAGAGAAGUAAAGAAAAUGUAAUCACUGAUAAAGAGAAUAUGAGUUCAAUGACACCUGGUUCAAAGAAAAAUUGUAUGAAAGAAUAUUUAAAAUCAUCUUUAUUAAAUGAUAAUAAAAAUAAUCCACUAAAAGAAAAUAAUAAUUUAUUAAAUCAAUUAAAUAAUGCCACUAAUAAUAAUAAUAAUAAUGAAAUUAAAAAACAAAAACAACAACAACAACAACAACAACAACAACAAAAACAACAAAAACAAAAUUUACAAACAAACUCACAAAGACAAGAACAACCAAAAUUUAAAUCAUUAUUAGAUAAUGAUGGUAUAUUUUUUGAACAAUCAACAUUAACUGAAAAAAUAUUAGCCAAAAUGGUUAAAAGAAGAGGUUCAGUUUUAAUCGAUGAUCCAGCCAAAAUGAAAAGGGAGAUGAUUAUCGAAUCAUCUACAAUUAUUCUUCAAUCAUUCUUUAGAAUGAUCCAUCAAAGAAAAAUAUAUCAAAGAACAAUUAAAGAAAACAAAGAGAGAUUGGAAGCUGAACGCCUCGAAAAAGAGAGAUUAGAAGCUGAACGCCUCGAAAAAGAGAAAUUAGAAGCUGAACGUUUGGAAAAAGAGAAAUUGGAAGCUGAACGUUUAGAAAAGGAGAGGUUAGAAGCUGAACGUUUUGAAAAAGAGAGAUUAGAAUCUGAACGUCUCGAAAAAGAGAGAUUAGAAGCUGAACGUCUCGAAAAAGAAAAAUUAGAGGCUGAACGUUUGGAAAAAGAGAAAUUAGAAGCUGAACGUCUCGAAAAAGAGAGAUUGGAAGCUGAACGUCUCGAAAAAGAGAGAUUAGAAGCUGAACGUCUCGAAAAAGAAAAAUUAGAAGCUGAACGUUUAGAAAAAGAGAAAUUAGAAGCUGAACGUUUGGAAAAAGAGAAAUUAGAAGCUGAACGUCUCGAAAAAGAGAGAUUAGAGGCUGAACGUUUGGAAAAAGAGAAAUUAGAAGCUGAACGUUUAGAAAAAGAGAGAUUAGAAGCUGAACGUCUCGAAAAAGAAAAAUUAGAAGCUGAACGUUUGGAAAAAGAAAGAAUUGAAAAUGAAAUAUUGGAAGCUGAACGUUUGGAAAGAUUGGAAAUGGAAAAAAUUGAAAUUGAAAGAUUGGAAAAACAACGUUUACAAGAGGAACAAAUCAAAGAAAAAGAAAUGAAAAGAUUAGAGAAAGAAAAAAGAUUAGAGCACCAAAAGGAAUUGGAAAGACUCGAUAGAGAAAGAAUAAGAGCCGAACGUUUGGAAAAAGAAAGAUUGGAGGCUGAGCGCCUAGAAAAAGAGAGACUUGUAAUAAAGAAAUUAAAAAAAGAAAAAGAGAUUCAAUUAGAAAAUGAAAGAUUACAAUCACUUAAACAAAAACAAAAACAAGAAGAAGAAGAAGAGGAAGAAGAAGAAGAAGAGGAAGAAGGAGAAGAAGAAGAUGAUGAUGAUGAAAUUGAAGAAGAAGAAGAGGAAGAACAAAAAUCAAAUGUAGAAGAGGGAGAAGAAGAAGAAGAAGAAGAGGAAGAAGAAGAUGAUGAUGAGAUUAAACAAGAAGAAGAAGAAGAGGAAGAGGAAGAGGAAGAUUCAAUAAUAACUCCAAAAAAUUCAUCAAUAAUUAAAGAGGAGGUUACAUCAGAUAUUGAAGAAUUAGAAACUGAUACAUCAUUUCAAUAUUCAUCAGCCAACUCUUCAAUGAUGACUGCUGAUCAAGAUGAGGAAGAAGAGGAUAAGGAUGAUAAAAAGAAGAAUGAGUCAUCAAAAGGUGUAACAAAAACUCAUAAAGUUGAUGAUCCAAAAGUAUUAUCAACAAAAUCUUCAACUUUGGCAGCUACUUCCACAAGUAGACAAUCUACAUUACCAAAAACAACUAUUACAUCACCAAUCAAUUCAUCCUUUUCAAAGAAAUCGCCAACUUUAUCCACAACUGAAAUUGAUAGUAAAUGGAAAGCAAAAAUUGAGUCAAUAAAAUCAAAAACAACCACUGCAUCACCAACAACAACAUCAACAAAAACUUCACCAACAACAACAACAAAAACAAAAACAUCUCCAACAACAAAUACAUCACCAGUUUUAAAAAGUUCAACUGGUUUAAUUUCAACCCCUCGUGUGAUAAUGACAAGAUCAAAAACAGUUGCUCCACUUCCAGAUAAGAUUGGUUCUUCAGUUCUUUCAACAAAGAAAAGACCACUUCAAUCUCCUGAUACCCAAUUGGAAGAUCCAAAUAAAGUCCAAAGGACCUCAACCAAUUUGGCAGCAUCAACUAACUUGGCAACAGCAUCAAUUGAAGAGAAAAGAAAAAAAUUGAUCGAUUUACAAAAUUUAAAGAAAAAAAUUACAGAGAAAAGUGUAAAUCCUACCACUACCACUACCACCACCAAUACUACUCCCACUAAUAAUACGACUACAAAGACAGUUUCUCCAAUUCCAUCACCAACUUUAACUUCAUCAGUUGGCACCAAAUCAAAAUCUAUUCCACCAAUUAGUAUCACAUCUAAUGCUACAACAACUUCAAAUAGAUCAACUGCCAGCACACUUUCAACUGUAAAAAGACCAAUUGUCAGAAAAACAGCAACAAAUCCAAGCUUGGUUUCUUCAAAAGGUUCUCUCAAAGAACCAAUUCCAAAGACUUCAUCAACUUCAAAGAAAUCAACAAAAUAA